AUGAUGGGCGACCCGUUCGACGAUGCAUGGACGACCUCGAGCCACGACUACGCGCUCUGGGGCGACCUCGGGGACGCGGGCUUCAGCGGGCGCAUGAGCAGCUCCGUCGGAACGCCACCGACUGCGGUCCUGGACGAAGCACCGGCGUACGAGCGCGAGCUCCGCGAGCAUUACUUGGGCAGCGCGUCGCUCGAGACGGAACGGGCGCAGUCGGUGAAGGCCACGAUCCAGUUCCUCUUGGGAGGGAGCGCGUCGCCGGCUGGAUCGCCGUCACCACCAUCUCCCCACUCAAGCCCUGUCCAGCCAAAGCAAGAAGAUAAAAUCGAGGUUUUCGACGCCCAAAGCGUUAAGGAAGAGCAGUCGUUUCUGGCCGCCGUCGAAACCUUGCGCUUCACAAGGGUGCGGCUGGAGCGAAAGGCGAAGCUCCGCGCCGCGGUGCCCCAGGAGAGCCCCGACGACGAUGAGCUUUCGCCGACACCACCGCGCAAGCCACCGGCGCGAAAGACAAUGGCGCGCCCGGGCCUGCGCGAAGCCCCGGUCCCAUCCACGCGCUACAAGACGCGUGAGCGCAGCACGCGACGGUCUCUCAUCGACAGCUUCGACUUGGACGAAGCAUACGAGCCGCCCAUCAAGCACUCACCGCCAGCCGUGGUGCGUUCGGUGAAGAAAGCGCGCUUUUCAAAGUCGCGCGGCUACACGGUCAAGCCGUGCGAGUAUCCUGGCUGCGACAAGUGGUCCCGAACGCGCGGUCUUUGCAAGCGCCAUGGCGGCGGAAAACGCUGCCAAGUCACGGACUGCCCCAAAAGUGACCAAGGAGGCGGCUACUGCAUCAAGCAUGGCGGAGGCAAGUCUAUCCUCGUCUUCCUACGGAAAUAUGAGAUGUACGCGUAG